AGUGUGCGUGCGUAUUGGAGUUCUGCGUAGUAAUGUGUGUGUGCCCUCUGUUGGUAGUACGAUGGAGAAAAACGUACUCGAGCCGCAUGCUCUUGCUCCUCGUCGUAUAGUGCUUUGAUAGUGAAAAUCUCGUGUUUUUUCACGAAUUUCCGUCAACAGUUGGUGCGUGACAGUUUCUCGACUGAUGUCCGAUCCCGGGUUGCUGUGUUCCCGAUCGUUAAUGUAAAGCUCGAUGUACUGGCGAAAGACACGUUCUCCCGCAACACUCCGGCUAAUCCGUAUGACACUUGCACCGACGACGUAAAAGUGAAUUAAAAGGCACUUGUGGCUAGUGUGUUCGCGCGGGGAAGGGAAAGUCCUUGUGCCUAUGACAGUGCGGAGACAGUCGCUGACGUCGUAAAGUUGUAAAAAGAAGAAGAAAGGGCUGGUUAAACUUCCUGAAAUUGCGCGGAAUAAAGCGGCCCAAAGGAAAGCGUGAGAAUAUUGAGCAAGAGCCGAGGGUGUGUGCGUGCGUGUGAAUGUGUAUGUGUUGGUAUUGGUGACGGAGUUGCAAAAGUAGCCGCGAACAUCCGAAAGGAAGUGCAGGAGGUGAAACUUUGCCGAAAAACCAAGGCAGGUAUUAUAAAUCCUUUAGUGCCUUCCGGUGGCCGACGGAUCCGUGGAGCCCUGUGGCAAAACUUGUCCCACCGCUGUGCUGCUACGGAGCGACGGCAAUGCCCAUCCAAAUGGUGUGCGAUUCGACACCAUCGCUAGUGAGUGCGGCUAUUCGGGAUGCGUUGCACUCGACGGGCGGCACAACAAAUGGACGAACGGUUGGUCACGGUUUUGGCGCGGCUUCCGCCAGCAACGGUGUCACAGUGAAUGGAACUGGAACUGCCAGCGGACAGUCACCCAGCAAGCAACAGCUCCCGUUCCGACGGGCAUUAGCGGCGACCCAGCUUGACACCGAUUACGACCAGUAUGACGAACCGGAGGAUGGUGGACCGAACGAUUUGGUGGAAUCCAUCAGUCAGUCGUUACGCCAGGGACAGCAGGUUAAGUCCAUAACGUACGAAGAAGGUCCUAGCUACAGUACGAACCUGGAAAAUCUGAGAUCUAAAUACAUCGUCCUGAAAGCGGGAACUCCGGCCGAUUCCACUACCUCCGGUGGUUCCUUAAGCAAUUCCAACUCCUCCUCGGCUGCUUCGUCCUUCAGUACAACAGGACUAUCCAAAGCUACCAUUGGUGGAGCCCCGAACACACUCCUGGCCAUGAACGGUGGUUCGCUAAAGUUCGCGGCAACCUCUACACCAUCGCCCAGUGCUGCCAAAUCGUCUAACAAUGUGCUCCAUCAGCAACAAAAUGGCGUCUCUGCCUCCGCUAGCAGUACUGCCGCCGGAAGGAUGGAUACCACCAACACUAACACACUGCCGACGCCGAAGCGAACGCUUUUCCCUCGCGAGAAUGUACAGAUCGGAUGGAAAACGACCGGCCGCAAAUGGUUGGUUGGUGCGGGUAUGAUGAACAUGGGCAACACCUGCUACCUUAACUCGACUCUUCAAGCGCUGUUUCACGUGCCGGCCAUCGCCAACUGGUUGCUGUCGGAUGAGCCACAUCGCGUUAAGUGCGAUGAAGGUGGUUCUGGUGGCAAUUGCAUUAUCUGCGCGAUGGCAAAAACGCUGCUCGAAUCACAGUCCAAUCAAACUGCCUUCCGACCCUAUCUGGUGUAUUCGAGGCUGAGGCUCGUCUGCAAACAUUUGGUACCGGGUCGGCAAGAGGAUGCGCACGAGUUCCUGCGCUAUCUGGUGGAAGCGAUGGAAAAGUCUUACCUCAACCGGAGCAAGAACAGUAAAGAGCUGGAUCAGUACAGCAAAGAAACGACACCGCUGAACCAAAUUCUGGGCGGUUACCUAAGAUCGGAGGUGAAGUGUCUGUCCUGUCAGCACGUUUCGACUACGUUCCAACACUUUGAGGAUUUGUUGCUCGACAUCCGGAAAGCCAAUUCGAUCGAUGAGGCACUAGAACUGUACUUUGCGCGCGAACGACUGGAAGAGAUGGGAUACAAGUGUGAGGCGUGCAAGCGCCGUGUCGCGGCCACGAAGCAAUUUUCACUCGAGCGUGCACCGUUUGUGCUGUGCAUACAACUGAAGCGAUUUUCCAUGUUGAGUGGCAAGAUCAACAAGCACGUGGAGUUGCGUUCCAAGCUGGAUCUUACACCUUACUCGUCGCCCGCAAUGCGCACGAACGGUGGAAAGCUGACGUAUCGGUUGACGUCGAUGGUAACGCAUCUGGGUAGCACGCAGCAUUGUGGACAUUACACAGCGAUUGGACAUACGGAUGCCGCCGGGUAUCACGUAUUUGAUGACAGCUCUGUGCGCCCGAUCGGCAUUCACAACGUCAUGAGCACGAACGCGUACAUCCUGUUCUACGAACUGGAGAGUGUGGCGGCCGGCGCGAUUGGUUUACCGAACGGAACCUGUCGAGCGAAGGCGACCGUCACCGUAGGACAACCGAGCAGUACGGCGACUCUCACGUCGAUGGGACAUUUAAGCAACGGCACCACCCCGACGACCGGGCUUGGUAGUAGUAGCGGAACCGCUAGUGGAACGGGUGGUGGGGGGAGUAAUGGUAGUACACCCGGCAAAGUCACUAACUCAUCACCGCUCCGGGUACUCGGCACUGGUGGCGGCAAUGGAUCUAGUGGUGGUCUCUUUCCGAGCAAGUUGGAACAGAAGCCGGGCCUUAUUGGGCCAGUGCUACCAACCGCUACGACCUCAUCCACCGGCAGUAACCCAUCAGCAACAGUAACCACCACCGCCAUCAACGGUAAGGGAAUGAACAACAACAACAACAACGGCCCGACAACGACAACCAGCGUAACCUCAUCGGCAGGUGUUUCCGGCAGAGAUACAACAAUUUUUUCUUCUCCUUCAUCGACAGCGUCAACCCUUUCUAAUGCGUCCCCGCUUAGUUCGCCAGCGAAACAGUACCCGGAGUCUUUAUCGGGCAGCAAAGUUCCAAAACUUCCCGAUAUCAACGCACGCAACGCGACUGCUUCCCUCAACGGUGCUGCUUACAGCGAGGCGAGAGCAAAAUCUUUAUCCACCCCGUUGCUUGCAUCGAUGCCGAAGCUUAACUCCCCGAGCAAAUCGUCGGAGAGCACCAACGGAUGUUCCUCGGCUGUAAUCAGUCUGGUACCGUACGAUAGUGAUGAUACAAGCAGUACAAGCGAGGACGAGAAUAACCACGAGCUCAGCAAAACCACGUCCAAAUCGCUCGUUCUCACCAAUGGCAGUAGUACGGCUAAACGUGCGAGACAACAGAUGGUCGCCUUUGUGAAUGGCAAACGUAGCGCCAAGCAUAGCAAGGAUGAGCCACACGCUGUAGCGGGCGAUGAAGACGUUAAUCAAGAGGAGGAGGAGGAAGAUGAGGAGGAUGAAGAGCGCACAAGCACGGGCUCUUCCCGUUCGCCACAGAUGAUCAAAACCAAGGCAGGUCUUUGGAAGGUCUCCAAGAGCAGUACGGCCGAUCAGCUCAGCUAUCCAGAUAGCGGAUCGGCCUCAUCAUCCAAAUCAUCCUCGCCCACGACAUCGGGCGUAUCUUCUCCGACCAGCUCACCGGGACAGAAGCCACAUAAGCUACCACUGAAGCAUGUUAGCACUUCCGGUGGAGGUUGUGGUGAACCUUCAUCACUGAGUAACGGUCAUCGGCCAGCACACAACGGCAUUAAUGGAAAAGUUAACAAAUCAAUGGCGAACGGAUAUCACACGAAUGGAGCUGCAGGAAAUCGUUCAGCGUCCCCUGGUGGAGAUGGAAAAGGAAGUUCAUCAACAGUUCAAAUGCUGAUGAAAUACUCACACCGGGGCUAUGGCGCACCAGUUAAAAGUUGGAACGGACAGCAGACAGCGAUGGAACGAGAGCUAGCAAAUGAACGGCGCGAAGAACGUAAGCGUCAGAUCGAGGAGGAUCGCGAAACAGAAAUGGAUCGUGGCCGGAUAAAGAAAACAAAGGGUAGUGGUGGUGUCCAGUCGUCGGUUGGUGUUGCAAAUUCCGGCGGCAAUAAUCCCUUCCAGCAAUACCAGAAUCAUCAGACGGGUGGCGGUGGUAAGUGGAUGGGAAACGGUGGAGGAAACCGUAAUCACUUCCACAACCAUCAUCAAAAUAACUAUCGAGGUGGUGGUGGCGGUGGUUACUAUCAGAACGGCAAUGGGAACCGACACCAUGGUGGUGGUGGUGGAGGUGCUAACGGUGGGUUUCGUACCGGUAGUAGACGGUUCGGUGGUCGGAACGGUGGCGGAUUCCAUACGAAGGCUCACCAUCAUCAUCAGCGCAGUGAACAGGGUAGCGGCAUGGCUAGUGGUGGUGGCGGUAGCAACGGGUUUUACCAUCGAUAAAGUCAAGCAAAAGCCAGGAAAUCUAGGAGAGAGAAAGAAUGAAUAAUGCGGUGCAAUUUGGGGCGUACUGGCUCUCACGGUACAACGCGGUACUUUACAACGAGAGAUCAAACAAUAGAAAGCCAUCAUCGAGAAAAGUAGCGCGCAAAUAAUGAUGGCAUUAUCUUUUUAAACACGCAAACGACCUUUUCAUGAAUUAAUAGUGAAAGGAUGUAAUUUAAGCCACCCACCACAUACACACGACAUUGUAUCUAGUUACAACCACAACAGCAACAUAAUAGGACAGGAAAACAAAUAAUCACGAAAAGCUUGCAACAGGUUGGCAAGAUUUAUAUUUGUUCUGGCCAUCCUGGCCGUGCGUCAAUGUGCGCAAGUCACUCAACAUAAGAAUUACAUCCCUGUUGUUUGUGUUAUAACGUCCUAACUUACGCAUUUUAGUGAACUUUAUAUCCGUACUCUUCCCAUCUUCAUGUGUAUAGCAUUUUUGUUUGUUUAUUUUAAGAGUAAUUGAUUCUUCCUACUUAAUAGUGAUCAUCUAAUAAAAAAGAGAGUCCCGUUUCGCCGAGAUAUUGACCGUGAGUGGGAGGAAUUUAUGACAAAAGGUAUGCAAGGGAAUUGUAUCGAUAAGCUGCAGAAUGCAAGGCGCUCUGGAGCGUCGUAAACACGACGAAACAACGUAAAAGCUGAUGAUAGAAAAAAACAAGGUAUAAUCCUGCAGCGGCCUCAAUGCCGCUGCAAUAUUGCUUAAGAGUUUGAAAUGACGCGGAAACACGUAGGAUAGUAGUUUGUACAUAGAAUAGAAUAUAUGCCUAUUUUUAUGCAUCCAAUCUCUCUGCAAAACACGGGAACGUUCAGUCGGAAGAUAUAUUGAUACUUCGAAGCAUUUGCAGCAAGAAAUACUACUAAUUGGGCCGAAAUUUGAAUGAAGAAUCUUAAAUAAACAAUGCUGUAAAAUUGAAUGCUUUACACACACACACACGCGCGCGAUCAGGAUUAAUCUUUUAAUGUAGAGGAAGCACACACACACACACACACUUGAGGGAGGAGUGGGCAAACUCACGACUUAGGCAAGCUGUAAAUUCAAUUACCUCCUUUAGGUGAAGAAAAGCAGGGGCAACAUAAAACAUAGAAAAAAAAACAAGGAAUAGGAACAGGGAACAGAGUCUAUCCGUUAACUGUGUGAACAGAACAUUCAAAGCGGCGAGAUAUUGUAAUAGGAAAGAUGCGGCUCCGAUAAUAUAGAUAUAGAUACGCUAUCAAACAGACCAGAUACCUGCCGGGGAUGGGAACGUUCCUGGAGGAGGGCACAUGAAUCCGGAACAAUGUAUAGAGUACUACAAUUUAAGAGACGUCGAUAGAGGAAGGAUUUGAUUUGUGCGUGUAUGUUUAGUUAUACUUUAGUGCCGGCAUUUAGCUCACGGAUACAGAAAUUAGUUAUAUCAGCACACACAACCCUGUGUUUUUGUGGUUGCAUUUUGUUUUUUAGUAGUUAGAGUUUCAAAUUAUUAUCUGUUUAUCGUUUCGCUGUCGAAGUUCAUGCAAACAGAAAACCGAAACAGAGGGAUUAUUCGAAAGACUGUGGCUAAGAAAAGGUUCAAAGUUCCGCAGCGCACAUAGAGACAAGAAAAGAAGACAGAAAACGAAUCAGUUACUAGUGUAGCUGCUACACCUCUUGUCCAAUAGCAAUAUUACUGUACACGGUGCCGGUUCAUAGCAAGUAACGGAAAUAUCAGGCCAACACCACCAGCGCAUUCGCGGGUUAGGGUUUCAGUUUUGUGCGAUGGAACUUAUGUGGGGGGUUUACUAAGUUAAUGAGUCAGCUCUAAAUGUCGCUACUUAUCCUACACCUUGCGUUUGUUCGUUUGUUGAACGCAGCAUAGAUUAUGGGCAAAGUAUAAUAUGUAAUCUGUAAAUAUUAAACAAUAGGCGUUAGAUACUACCGCACUAUAUAGAGACAUUAGACAGAAGAACGAUAAACCAAGGAUGCUAAAUAAGCUAAAUACACACUAGGUCGGCUACAGGAGGGCGACAAAUGAGCAGAAUCCAACAAAACUUAGUAACACAACUCACAAAACAGUGUCCUGCGAAUGUCGUGGUGGCCCGGGUAUAGUUCGUUCCACUACUCCCAUGUAAUAAGAAAAGUCGAACCGCAGUUCUAGAAAUUAAAUUCCGAUGAAACUAAGUUAAUAAAAACGUACAGCCUUAA